UUGUUUCUAUUAGAAAUGAUCAUGGGGGAGAAUUUGAAAACAAUGAUUUUGAAGAUUUUUGCAUUGAACAUGGACUCUCUUGGAAAAUUUGAUUCUAAAAGUGAUGAAGGCAUCUUUGUUGGAUACCCUACUUCUAGUAAAGCUUACUGUGUGUAUAAUAAACGUACUAAAGUUGUUGAAGAAUCUAUUCAUGUGGUAUUUGAUGAGACUAACCCUAUUUGCUCUAGAAAGUCUUGUAAUGAUGAUGAUGUAGAUGCCAUUGGAAAACAAAUAAAAGAUAUAAAUCUCAAGGAGGAUAACACCAAGGAAGCUCAAGAUGAGAAAAAUGAGGAGGACAAACAUGAAGAAGUGCAACAAACACAUGAGCUAAGAGAACCAACUUUCCCAAGAGAAAGAUCCUAUGUCAGAGGUAAUGAAAUUCUUGGGGAUCCAUCAAAAGGGGUAAUUACUAGAUCUCAUGCUCAUAAUACUUGUGCUUUCAUUGCCUUUAUAUCUCAAAUUGAACCAAAUAAUCUUGAUGAUAGUUUAAAUUAUCCUAAUUGGGUGAUGGCUAUGCAAGAAGAAUUAGCUCAAUUUGAAAGAAAUAAGGUUUGGAAUCUUGUUUCUAGACCUAAAGACCAUCCCAUCAUAGGAACUAAAUGGGUUUUUAGAAAUAAGUUAGAUGAGAAUGGAAUUGUGGUUAGAAACAAGGCAAGACUAGUUGCUAAAGGCUAUUGUCAAGAGGAAGGAAUUGAUUUUGAUGAGACUUUUGCCCUAGUAGCUAGACUUGAAGCAAUUAGAAUGUUAUUGGCUUUUGCAUGCUUUAAAGGUUUUACACUUUAUCAAAUGGAUGUUAAAAGUGCUUUUCUAAAUGGUUAUAUUCAAGAAGAGGUUUAUGUUGAGCAACCUCCCAGUUUUGAAGAUCCAUCUUAUCCAAACCAUGUUUAUAAACUUUCAAAGGCUUUAUAUGGCUUAAAACAAGCUCUUAGAGCUUGGUAUGAAAGAUUAAGUAGUUUUUUGCUUGCAAAUGGUUUUUCUAGAGGAAGAGUUGAUACCACCUUGUUUGUGAAAAACAAAGGCCAAGAUAUACUAAUUGUCCAAAUCUAUGUUGAUGAUAUUGUGUUUGGUGCUACUAAUGAUUUUCUUUGUCAAGAGUUUUCCAAAGCUAUGCAAGGUGAAUUUGAAAUGAGCAUGAUGGGUGAGCUCAACUUCUUCUUGGGACUUCAAAUCAAACAAUCCAAAGAACAGAUGGCUACGUUCAUGCUCAAUGACAGCCAAGAAAAGCAAGUGUGGGCAGCUAAAUUGGCUGGCUCUGGUAUUGUUUCUUUUGCAGCUAUGCUCAACACUGGGAACUUUGUGCUGGCAAGCCAGGACUCCACCACUAUGCUCAACACUGAGAACUUUGCGCUGGCAAGCCAGGACUCCACCAGGCCGCCAUUGGGGAACUCUGCUUUCCCUCAACAGGCGUAUUUGGAGAUCACAAUUUUGUUCUAUCGGGGCCGCAAUGACGACCAGAAAGGCGAGAAGGUCAAACUCAUACAGGAAAAUUCUAAUGCAAAGGCGAAUUCAGAAUCAAAGGAAAUGAAGCUUGAAGGCGAUGCAGUGAUGAUCUUAGUAGGACUAACCGUAGGCGCCCCUCUUCCUUUGAAGCUCUCCGGCAGCUAUCCGGGGUCCAUCGGAUUCAAUUCCGACGGUUCUGUCUAUCUUGAUGGGAUUAAACUUGUGUUUGGAUCAAAAAAAGAAGACUGGGGAAAAUCAGAGAAAGUGAUAGGUUGUGGGUCCAAUCCACGGCAAAAGAAAGCGUUUUUUUCCAGUAGAUUCGCAGCUGGUGCAUGUGAUAAAUUGUAAAACAGAGGAAUUUGGAACUCCCCUGAAUUUUACAGUAAUCUUUCAAAGAAUACUUCAAAAGCGUGAGUCUUGUGUACUUUCUCACAGUUUGGCUUUGUAAAUCAAACUUGUAAUCUUUUUGUUAACCUCAGACAAAUUCUCAAUUUCUUGCGCCUUAGGGAUUUUGCAAAUCAUUUGUCAUCCCGCCAAGAAAUUUGGUUGAUUUGA